UUCAUAAAAAUAUGUGAAGCAUAAUAAGAGAAGAGCCUUAUAGCUUGCUUCAACCCAUUUUGUAUCCCAUCUUUUCCUAACACUUUCCAAAUUGUCUUCAAGGAGAUUCCUUCAAAGAAUAGAAGCCAUGGAAGCCUCUCACCCUCUUUCAAUUGAAAGUUUUUCUUAUAGUUGGUUAGUAAACCUUAAACCAUCAUUAGAACAAAGCCUUGAUAGUUCUUCCUUUAGAAUUUCUCUUGAUGCUUCUUGUGAUGAAGCUUCUUCCUUCAUUGAAAUGGAUCCAAAAAUGCCAUCUUCAAGAAGAUUUUUUAUAAACUCACAAGAUCUCAAAUUUGAUUUUCCAACCUCACAACAAUCCUCUCUCACUACUCUUGUUGAUGCAGAUCAACUCUUUUCCAAUGGUUACUUAAUGCCACUUUUUGUUGAAUCAUUGAAAAUUGAACCAUAUGAAUAUGAUUCCUCAAAUUCAAAUUCAACUUCAACUUCAGAUUCAAACUUAACCUUAGAUUCAUCCAUGUCACAUGUACCAAAAAAAGUUGUUGCUUUAGAAAAUUCAAGAAGCUCUUCAUUCAAAAGGUGUAGAACAAUAUCUAGGAGAAUGUUUCAAAAAUAUUUGAAUUUCUUAAGGCCUUUUUGUAGAAAAUUGAGGGGUCACAAGAAUUCAAAGCAUGAAAAUGUUGUGAAAAGAACUCAAUCAGUGAAGAAUAUUAGAGGACAAUAUUGUGAUUCAUCUCCAAGAAUUAGUGUUGCUUAUUCUGCCGAUUAUUCGCGCGCGUCUUGUGAUUCGGAUAGUUCAAUUUAUGAAGCUGUUCUUCAUUGCAAAAGAUCCAUUGAAAGAAUGAGUUAGCCAUGAUGAAGGCCAUAGCAAGGUUUUGAAAAGGUCCGCGGCAGCAAAUUAAGCCAUGACAUCAAGAAUUUUGAUAUCUCAAAUAUCGCAAGAUGGACUCGAUUGAGGCUGUAUCACCUCACCUGUAUUUAAUCGCAAUUUUUUUGUACAUGUGUAAAAUGGUAACUGUGACUACAAUUUAAAACCUUGGUGCACACGUAUGUAUAUGAAAUAAGUAUAUGGUUGGUGACUUGCCUUUCAAAAUAAAAAAAAAUAUGGUUGGUGACUGGCGAGGCAUUAUUUCAUGCUUUGAAAUAAAAUUUGAAAACAGAAAAAUUACGGAA